UGGGAAAUAUCAGUCAGUUGUCGAUCGGAUAGAUGGAUGAGGUUGAUCUGGCACUAUCAUUUUAUCAUAUUUUUUUGCCCUACCCUCUUGUGUACGUACUCCCUCCACGCAUAUAAAUCAACUCGAGAUCUCGCUUUUUGACAAACUUUAUAUAUCGAGAGUAGCUAGAGUCAUGGAGCUCAAGUAUACCAUAGCCACCAUCUUCCUCCUUUUCCUCCUCCUUGAUCUACCUCGCUUCUCGAGCUGUGAUGAUCAUGAGAGACUGAAAGGUGAAGACUCAUCGACGGAGGAGGUGUAUGAGAUCGACUACAGAGGCCCCGAGACUCACCCGAUAUUGCCUUUUCCUCCUCGAGGUAGGCCCCGGUUGCGACGGCAACACCCCUAUUUCAAACCUCCUCCUCAAUCUAAGGACUCCAAGGUCAACAGAGAACGAGGAUAGAUUAAAAAGAAGAAGAAAAACAGAGAGAGUACAAACAAGGAUGUCCUUAUGUAAACUUUUACAAUCAAAGGUGAGUAUUACUCAUCCACUUGAAUGUGUAACACCUAAUAAAAAUGCAUAAAAGUGGAAAACUAAUCUCACAAUGGGCCAAUAGAUUUUCACUUAUAAGCAUUUUGAUUGGUUUUUACUCAUUUAAAGUAGAUAAGUAAUAUUCAUUAAGACUUUUUAAGUUUACUCUCUUCUCUCUUCAUUUUGUAAAUCCGUGUGAUGAGAAGUGUGGAAAUUGUUGCUUUCAGCUUCUAAAAUAUCGUGAAGAGUUUUCUCGUGUUUGGUAAUGUGGAAUAGAAACAAAAUGGUUCCAUUCCACCGUACCAAAUGCAAUAUUUGGUAUAAAUAUCACAUUUUACGACUUGCGAGUAUAAAAUCGUGUAACUAUUGUCUUAAAUAAAUAAUUAAAUUGAUGGUUUAGUAA